AUUUUUAAUGUAAUUACCCUAUAAUCUAGCGCUAAGGACUCACUAAAACACACCUAGGAAAAUCUAGGAAAGCUGAGAUUUUAGGAAAAUUCGGCAUAAAUUGCUCUCAUCACGACACAAACUCUCUCUCUCUCUCUCUCUCUCUCUCAUGGCCUCCGUCACGCUUCUUCUUCGGUCUCUUCGCCGCCGUGAAACCCACGCAGUCUCCGCGUACAAAUUCAGCUCUUCAAGCGUCGGUGGGAGGAAGACGGAGCUCCGGUUAGACGGAGUCAAAGAUAUAAUCGCCGUUGCGUCUGGUAAAGGCGGAGUUGGAAAGUCUUCCACUGCUGUUAACUUAGCUGUUGCGUUAGCCAACAAAUUUAAUCUCAAGAUUGGGUUGCUUGAUGCUGAUGUGUACGGACCAUCUGUUCCGAUCAUGAUGAGUAUCAAUCAAAAGCCUCAAGUUAACCAAGAUAUGAAGAUGAUUCCGGUAGAGAACUAUGGAGUUAAAUGCAUGUCCAUGGGACUCCUUGUAGAAAAAGAUGCACCUAUUGUGUGGAGAGGUCCUAUGGUAAUGAGCGCUCUUGCUAAGAUGACAAGAGGAGUUGAUUGGGGAGAUCUUGAUGUUCUUGUUGUCGAUAUGCCUCCUGGAACCGGUGAUGCACAAAUUACCAUAUCUCAAAACCUUAAACUCUCAGGUGCUGUGAUUGUGUCCACUCCACAAGAUGUAGCGCUUGCUGAUGCUAAUAGAGGAAUCUCCAUGUUCGACAAAGUUAGAGUACCUAUCUUGGGGCUUGUUGAGAACAUGAGUUGCUUCGUUUGUCCUCAUUGUAACGAAGCUUCUUUCAUAUUUGGGAAAGAAGGAGCACGCCAGAUGGCUGAGAAGAAGGGCUUGAAACUCAUCGGUGAGAUUCCACUGGAAAUGAAGAUCAGAGAAGGGUCUGAUGAAGGUGUUCCUGUGGUUGUUUCUUCCCCUGGUUCUGUAGUAUCAAAAGCUUAUGAAGAUCUAGCUCAAAACGUGGUGAAUGGGCUCAAAGAGCUACGUGAUAAUCCUGAGAAUGAGAUUCAGAUGAAACUUAACGUUCCACACUCAUCAUAGACCAAGCCAUGAGAACAAGAGGCAUUGUAAAACCAAGUUUUGUCAUGCUACUUCACCUUCUCAGAUUACAGUACCAAAUAGAAAAUGUUUUGCAAAAUCCUGAGAAAAGAAUCUAUCUGCAGAGGACAACAAAAUAGAGACGCACUCUUUUGAACAAUAUGGAAGGUUUUCAUUUAUUAGAUAGGGAAAGAUGAUGAAUGUAAUUUAAAAGAUUUUUGUCAAAAAAGUAAUAAUAAUCAAUGUUGUUGAGAUCAAUUCACAAUGUAUGAUGAGAUCACCAAAUAAUAUCUUCAUUAUAUUCUGCUUCA